AUGGCGUACGAUGCAUAUGAUAGUGAAUGGCAUACGAUGCCAUUUUACAUAAAACCAUCGCCACUGUGCAUUUACGGUAGUUCUAGGUUCGCCAGUUGUUUAAAGGAUCCUAAUUCAUUAACUAGUUACAAUGAUUUAGUAGAUGGUGUAUUAUUACACAGUGUGUUUCUACAAAUGGAUCCUGAACCAUUACAUGAUGAAGUAAUAUCUCCAGAAGGAAGUUCAUUAAUACGCACGAAGAAUUUAAAAGCCAUAGUAGAUAAUAUGAAACAAUUUUAUGAAGAUGAAUUGGGUCAUUUAGUCCUAAAGUUACCAGAUACUGUGAAUUUAGGCAAAGAGCCAGAACUUUAUGUUGCAGAUAUGAAAUUAUUAUUAUUGUUACUUCUUGGUUGUGCUGUGCAAUGUCCAAACAAAGAAAAAUUUAUCACAAACAUAAAAACAUUAAAUGUUGAUACUCAACUUGCUAUAGUGGAGUGUAUUAAACAGGUCACAGAUCAUCAAAACAUUGUUAUUACUCAAGAUGCAAUGGAAAAUGUAAAUAUGGGCUGUUUAUUUGUGCAAAUAAAAAAGUUGACUCAAGAAUUAGACUUAUAUCGUCAGAAAUGGAGAGACACAGUUAUAAAUGAAAGUGUUGAAAGAAAUGAUUCAUCUAUUAGUGUGGAAGCUGAAGACAUGAACAAAACUCAACAAUUUAAUCCUGUUGUUAAAUCAGACCGUGAAGAUAAUCAUCAUUAUGCUGUUGAAUUAGCUGAUUGGAAAUCAAGAGUUAGAAAACAACGGCAAGAAUUGGAAGAAAAAACGGAAGCACUGUUAGAAUGUAAAGAAGAACUUGAAUAUCAUAAAAUGUUAGUAACCAAAUUAAAACAAGAGAAUCAAGAAUUAAUGCAUGAAGCACGUACAGCAAAAUCUUACAGAGAUGAAUUGGAUGCAGUAGUUGAAAGAGCAGAUCGUGCUGAUCGAUUAGAAUUAGAAGUAGUAAGAUACCGGGAGAAACUUACUGACAUAGAAUUUUACAAAACUCGGAUAGAGGAGUUACGUGAAGAUAACAGGGUUUUAAUGGAGACUAGAGAAAUGCUUGAAGAUCAGUUGAAUUCAUCAAGAAGAAGAGCAGAUAAAGUAUUGGAACUUGAGUCUGAGAUCAUAAAAUAUAAACAAUUAUUGAACGACAUGGCUUUGGAACGUGCGGCGGAAAAAGAAAAAUAUCAAGAAUUAGUUGAAGAAAAUACUCAGUUGCACAAAUUGACGAAAGCUGCUGCAAAUGAAGCUGCAUUAGCUAGUUCUAUAAGCGAUUCCGAUGAGCCAGCACAUGAUGAUAACAGAUUGUCUGAACAAUUAACUAAUAAUGCACAAACGCGGGCGCUAAAACUAGAGUUAGAAAACCGUCGAUUAGUCACCUUGAUUGAUUCCUUAAAAGAAAAUUCAUUCCAUGAAAAUUCAUCUCGUGUGUUGGAAUUAGAAAAAGAAAAAAAGAAGCUGUCAUUAAAGAUUGAAUCAUUAAAUGAUAACAUUGAAAGACUAACACAACAAAAUUCAGAUUUGGAAUUAGUAUGGAAACAAGCACUUGAAGAAAACAAGAAGUUACAGAACUCGCUGAAAAAUCAAAGAGCAUCAUCUGAAAAACAACAACAAGAAUUUCAAACUCAACAUACAAAAAUGAUAGAAUUGGAAAAAAAUAAUGAUACAGCGGUGAAAGAAAAACAACGAGUUCAGUCUUUAUUGGAAAGCGUACAAAGACGAGCAGAUGAUGUAGAACGUAGUUUAGAGCUUGCAAAUCAGAAAGUCGAAGAAUUAAAAGUUAUCGAAAGUAAUAUAAAAGAUAUUAAUUCUAAAUGUCUUGAUCUUGAAUCGAAACUUAUGGCGGUAGAAAAAGAGAAAGAUGUAGCACAACGCGAUAUUCAUCGAUAUCGGGAAACAAUUGAAGAAAAAGAUGUCGCAUUGGAUAAAGCAACAAAUAGCAUUGAAGUUUUAGAAAGGAAAGUAACACAACUUGAACAGGAACUUCAUGAUUCUGUUACACAAAUUUCAAGACUACAAGAAAUCGAGAGAUCUAGCAAGGAAUUGGAUUCACGAGCAGCUAUUGAUAGAGAAACUUUAGAAAUUCUGCAAUCUAAUUUAGUAGCCGAAAAAUUGAAUACUCAACAAUUAUACACUGUUCUAGAGAAACUUGGACUUAGUGAUAAUAUGUUGUCACUACCAUUGGAUAAUUUUAAGAUUUGAUUUAUUAGUUUAUUGAUAAUAUUUUAUAAUUACAGAAUUGCGCAAAUUCCAGAAGUUGUCAGUUAUAUAAAAGAAACAGACAAGUUUUGUUGCUGUAAAAAAUCAGUACCUGAAUCUACAAAUUCUGAGAAUAAUGAAACUAGUAAUAUUCAUAGUACAUUAAAAGCAACAGUAGAAUCACUGAAGAAGGAACAAGAUCACUUGAAUAUGAAAUUAGUUACUGCACAAACAGCAUUGGAAAACCUUCUCUCUGAAAAUGCAAAACUUCAAGUACAGAUUACAACUUUACAAUCCCAAAAUAAUUCCUUGACUGCACAACAUACAGCUCUACAACUCGCAAAUUCUCAACUUGUUGCUGAAAAAGAAGAGCUGUUAAAAGAACGCAACGCACAACAGCAAGCGCACACACAACUUAUUCAUGAUCAAGUCACUUUACAAUCUUUGCAUGAGCAAUUGAAUAAUGAAUAUGAAAACCUAUUUCAUGAACAUGAUGCCCUCAAAUCAAAUUUACGGGAUGUAAAAAAUGAAAUUAGAAUGUUACGCGAGUCUUAUGAAGGAAUAAAGGCGAAAAACAAAGUUCUACAAACUGAAAAGGAAUCAUUGGUAAAUGAUGCAAAAAGUUUGAAUAACUUAAGAGGAGAACACUCUAAAUUAAAGGAUGACUUUAGAAAUUUAUAUACCGCUACAGAAAAAUUGAAAAUGGAAUACAGAAAUCUACAAGAAGAUUAUAGAAAAAAUAAAAUUGAAACAAAUCGAUUAAGUUUAAAAUUAACAGAAAUGCAAGGUGAACUUAGCAGUCGAGAUGAAAGAUGUUCCAAUUUGGAACUUCAGAUUAACAAAUUAAAUCAACGUUGCGAGGUGUUACUACAUAUGAAUUCCGGCUUAGAUAAUGACAGACGAUCGCUGAUGGAUCACAUUACUUUAUUGUUUAGCCAAUAUCAUGAACUUUUAAGUCAUUCUCUUGAAGAUAAAGAACAUUAUCAUAUGGAAGAAAAAUUGUACACAGACAAAGUGAAUCAUCUCUACAGACAAAAAGAAAAAUUAGAAGAUAAGAUUAUGGAGCAUUAUAGAAAAUUAGAAAGUUGUACUCCAAAAAAGAAAGGGUUUGGAGCCAAUUUUGUACGAAGAGUUCGGAAAGCUGGAUCCGAGUUUCUCAAUAAGAAUCGACGAUCGUGGGCGGAAGAUUCUAAACAUUCAGAAGGAAAAACUUACGAAUCAGAAUCUGGUGGAAAUGAUUCGGAUGUUAGUACAGAAGAACAUCGAUUAGCAGGAUCAACCAGAGGACUUGGAUCAGAUGCAUUGUCUCUUGGUCAUCCAGGAACUAGAAGAACAGUAUAUUACACUGAUGAUUCACCACCACCACCAACUAGUUUACCAGAACAAGGAGACGACAGACGGUCCAUUUUAUUGGAACAAACUCCGCGACCAGAGGUGCAAGCAGAACCACGACCGGUUCUAAUAUACAAUAAAGUAUCAGCAGUUAUAAAUGAAUCAAAGAAUCUUAGCAAUAGCGGAAUAAAAACUGUAGGGCAAGAGGAGACAAUGAUGGAAACCCCUGUUGAUAAAGAUUCAAAAGCAGGUAAUCAAGUGUGGUAUGAAUAUGGUUGUGUAUGA